AGGGGAUGACCAGAGACUGCGGACAGUACAGGGAUGACCAGAGACUGCAGACACAGUACAGGGAUGACCAGAGACUGCAGACACAGUACAGGGAUGACCAGAGACUGCAGACACAGUACAGGGAUGGAUGACCAGAGACUGCGGACACAGUACAGGGGAUGACCAGAGACUGCGGACAGUACAGGGAUGACCAGAGACUGCAGACACAGUACAGGGAUGACCAGAGACUGCGGACACAGUACAGGGAUGACCAGAGACUGCGGACAUAGUACAGGGGAUGACCAGAGACUGCAGACACAGUACAUGGGGAUGACCAGAGACUGCAGACACAGUACAGGGAUGACCAGAGACUGCAGACACAGUACAGGGAUGACCAGAGACUGCGGACACAGUACAGGGAUGACCAGAGACUGCAGACACAGUACAGGGAUGACCAGAGACUGCGGACACAGUACAGGGAUGACCAGAGACUGCAGACACAGUACAGGGAUGACCAGAGACUGCGGACAGUACAGGGAUGAC